CUUCGAGACUAGACAUAUUUAUUCUCAUUACAGUCCGCUCACUUUGAGCUCAACUCACCUCCUUUCGACAUCUGCAAACGAGUUAAAAAUCAACCAUAGCUUUCGUCAAUUGAGCAUUCUAUUCACCUGCACAAGUCAAGACGACACCACUUCUCUCUCCAUCAAACACCUUUCGAAAAGCAUCAAAAUCGACCAGACACCCUCUCAAUCAAGCCCAAACAACCACCAACUCCCCUCCAAAAAUGCCCCGCUUCAUGGUUUUCGUCCGCGCUACCCCCUCCUCGGAAGGCGCCGCCGAGCCCACUCCCGAAAUCCUCUCCGCAGUGGGCACCUACAAUGCGUCCCUCCUCGCUGCCGGCGUCCUCCUCGCAGGCGAAGGUCUCGUCCCCAGCUCCCGCGACAGUGUCCGCAUCACUCCGGGCGCGUCUCCCAAGGUCGAAGAAGGCCCUUUCCCAACGAAUGAACUGGUGUCAGGAUGGUGGAUUCUGAAGGUCAAGGAUGUGCAGGAGGCGGUGGAGUGGGCGCGGAAGUGUCCGGAGGGGUGCGGGGUGCUUGAGGUCAGACGUAUCGCGGAGAUGGAGGAUUUUGGUGAGGCGCUUGGAGAGGAGGGACGUAAGAGGGAGGCGGAGAUGAGGGAGCAGAUGGAGAAGUUGGCGAGAGGCGAGUGAGAGGUUGAGUUUGGAAAGGUCGUCUUGUUGAUCAGUCGACUUUCGCUUUGCUUUAUUGAAGUCGGAAUAGCAUGAGUACGAACGUGAACCGGAUCAAUUCAAUACCUGAAGCCG